UGAAAGUAGGUUAGCAGGGUAGAGUGAGAGGAGAGGGAGGAGGACGACGUUUCAUACCGCGCCAUAACACACGUCGAAAGCGACUUUCGGUUUUCGGUAGCCGAAGCGCAAUAGAAGACCUUUAGAGACGCGAAUUUACUUCGAGGAUCUUUCUGAGAUUUUGUUUUCCUAAUAAUGCUCACAGUCGGAGUUGAAAAGUUAAACUCGGGUAGCUGUCUUAUGUUAGCUACUUAGUCCGAACAAUAUUGCUCCGCACCCAGUGAACUUUGGAGAAUCAAGAAACAGCGAUCAAGAUGAGAGCUCAAAUUGAGGUUAUACCUUGUAAGAUCUGUGGCGACAAAUCCUCUGGGAUCCACUAUGGCGUUAUUACAUGUGAAGGAUGCAAGGGCUUUUUCCGACGCAGCCAGCAGAACAAUGCCAUGUACUCGUGUUCGCGGCAGAGGAACUGCCUGAUCGACCGAACCAACAGGAACCGCUGCCAACACUGUCGUCUGCAGAAGUGCCUGGCGCUCGGCAUGAGCCGUGAUGCGGUGAAAUUUGGCCGAAUGUCAAAGAAACAGAGGGACAGCCUGUACGCGGAGGUGCAGCGGCACCAGCAGCUGUCUCAGGAGUGCCUGGCGGGUUUGGGUGGUGGUCUGGCACCACGUGACCGUGAAGAGACAGGCGACGACAGCGCACACAGCCGGCCGUACAGCAGUGGAGGAUCCAGCUCCAAUCUCAGCGACCUGGAUGACAUUGCCACGCUACCCGACGGCUUGCUUUUUGACCUACCGCUCACCCCAGAGGAGGCGGGCGAGUACUGCGCUCUAGAAAUGCUCGGGGGCGGCGGAGGGUUCGGGAGUGCCGGAAGCGGUAGCUCAUCCAAUCAGAGCUCUCCAGAGCCCAGCACUGUAGAUUUGGCAGAUGUGGCGAGGGUGAAGCAUGAGUACAUCCUGCCUGAAAACAGCCUUCUUACGCACACUCUCCUGGGGUCUUUACCAGACAACUGCUCUCUACACGACAUAGACCGAAUCACUCAAAAUGUUGUGAAGUCUCACCUGGAGACGUGUCAGUACAGCACAGAAGAGUUGAAGAAACUCACCUGGAACCUCUACACACCUGAAGAAACCCGCUGCUUUCAGCUCAAGUCGGCAGAAUGGAUGUGGCAGCAGUGCGCCCUACACAUUACAAACGCCAUCCAGUACGUGGUAGAGUUCGCUAAGCGCAUCUCUGGAUUCAUGGACCUCUGCCAGAACGACCAGAUCAUCCUGCUCAAAGCAGGAUGUCUGGAAAUCCUGCUGAUCCGAAUGUGCCGCGCUUACAACUCUUCGAACAACACUAUGUUUUUUGACGGCAAGUUCGCCAGCCCUCAGCUCUUCAAAGCUCUCGGGUGUGAUGACCUGGUGAACGCCGUCUUUGAAUUGGCUAAAAGCCUGAGUCGACUUCAGCUGAGCGAGGAGGAAAUGGCUUUAUUCAGCGCAGCGGUCCUGCUGGCUCCAGAUCGGCCGUGGUUGACAGAGUCUCAGCAGGUGCAAAAGCUCCAGGAGAAGGUUUACGUGGCUCUUCAACACAGCCUGCAUAUGAACGGAGCCACUACUGAGAAACUGGAUAAGAUGGUGUCCAAACUACCGCAGAUGAAGUCCAUCUGUAACCUGCAUAUUGACAAGCUGGAGUUCUUCCGCCUGGUUCACCCGGAAACAGCCUACAGCUUCCCGCCUCUGUACAGGGAAGUGUUCGGCAGCGAGAUCAACUUCCCUGACUCCACCAACAGUUAGAGAGCGGGAGAUAGUGAGGGAGAGAGUGACAGAGAGUGUGAAGGGGAAAUUACAAGCGAGUGUUAAAGCAAGAGAGGCCAUUAUGUGUAAAAACAGGAUUUCAAACAAGCAUUUUAAAAACCUCCAGGGAAAAUCCUGCAUCUAUUGCAGCACUGUUUGCAUACAUACUUGCAAAAUACACUACAGACACACUUAACCUGUUUCAAACACGCAAACACAGGGGCCAACAAAGUAUUUCAGAUUCGACAACACACAAUACAUACUUGUAUAGGGAUUAUUCCUGGAGUUGUGCUCUCAAAUCAGUUUUAUAUAUUAUGGAAACACUCCGAAAUGACCUUUUAUGUACAGAUGUAUGCUUGCGAAGGCCCUUUGUCCCAACUUUUUGAUGUCUAAGCAUGCAACUAUUCCUUCUGCAUCUGUACACAAAAAUAUUUAAAGGAGUUUUUAUAAGAGGUUUUAUAAUUUUACAGGAUCAAACUCUCUUCCACGUGAACAUUCAGGAGAGCACAACACUUUUUAAUGAAGCGAAUAAAACAUGCUAGGUGAGCGUCACUCCCCGCGAAUCACUCUUUAAGCACUAAUAUUGCUUUUUCCCUCCCUCUCCCCUUGUUUUUUCACCCUCAGACGAAUCAUGAAUGUAUCCCAAAAGCACUUAUUUUGAUUUGAGACCGAAUGUACACAGUGCACUUUUGGUCUUGCGUUAUGCUUUAUGAGACUUUAUGACAAUCCACUCGACAAAAAACAAAAAAAAAAAAAAACUGAUGUGCCCAGAUUGUUAAAAAUGAAGGGACCAAUAUUACCAGUGCUACAUUAAAGGAACGUUCCACAUUAAAUACAAGUCAAGCUCAUUUAUCAGUUUGUUCAUUUUGGGGAAAAAAAAAAAAAACAUUAAAAGAAACAGAUUUUUGAAAAUUUUGAAUCAUCUCAGUUUGUGAAAAAUACAAACAAGUAUUGACAGAAAUGCACUUGACUAUAUCUGAAAGCAUCUGAGUUUAACUUGUAUUUAACAUUGAAUAUUCCUUCAAAGCUAUUUAAACAAACCAGAAAUCAUAAGUGUGCUAAACUCUUUUCUGAUGUGCAAUAGUAGUCAGUUUUAUAUCAUCCAACUGGUUAUCGCUAUAAGCGUACAGUCAUGGCCAAAUGUUUGUGAAUGCCUUGUUUUGUUACAAUAAAGCAAUGGCAACCACAAAAUCCUCACUUUAACAGUUAUUUACAUGAUUUAUACUUUAUAUUUAGCAGAUUUAAUAUAGUAUUAGACUCUAGUAAACAACUUCAAGAUGCAACAGUAUGUAACAGGAUGUAAUAAUAUGCAAAAGAGAUACUCAACAGAAUACAGUCUUACAUAUGAGGGGUUUACAAACUUUGGCAUGACUGUAAAGAAUAGAGUGCACUGGCACCCAUCCACUUUUUCAGCAGUGUUGGUUUCGGAAGUACUCAUAAGUUUAUAUUAAUUUUUUUACCGAUUGCGAUUUUAAAAUGUACAACAGUACAAACUUUUAGUUGAAGCAAAAAAGUAUUGCAAAUUGGAUAAAAACACCAAGGUACACGAUUGUGUGCUUAAUGGCUGUAGUGAGGGGAAAAAGACUACAAUCCCAUGACGCACCACAAACAAAAAUGAUGGUGAAAUCAAAUUAUUUAUUUAAAGUUUUUGUAUUGAAUCAGUAGAAACAAAAUAUUUGCAGAUAUUUUAAGUAUUUUUAUUGGCUCGUGUCAUUUGCAUUCCCUCCAAGCUCACUGAUUGGUGGGAUUGUCUGCACAGCAUCAUGGGUAAUGUAGUUUUUAAUCACAAAUGCCAGUUAAACAUGAUUGUUUAAAAAAAAAAGCUGGGUAGCUUUAAAAGUAUAAACCUUCAAUUAAGUUAUUGUUAAAAAUCCAUUUUCAGUUUUUACUUCCGGAACCAGCCUGUUGGACUCUGGCGAACGCAAGAUUCGACGCAGUUGUUCCACCCACACAUGCUCUUGUUUGCUCAGGCACAUUUUGACAGUGUUUGGUGCUGCACCUUAUUUUUUUUGUUGUCAUUUUUAAUGCAAUGAGAAACCUCAAUCCCACAUCCCCUUCCCUUGUAAAUGCCACUUUAGAUUUAAGAAACGGUUAAAUGUUCAUUUAAUUUAUAUGGACAUUUUUAAAAGAUUAUUUUGAAUAGGAAUGUAAAUAAAUGAGUAUAUAUUUAGUCAGGAAAGAGAAAGAGAGAAAGGUGGAGCAGGAAGAAAAAUAAAAAAAAAGGACUUUCAUCAGCCAGCUUUUGAGUUCCUCCAGCACGUGCAUGGGAAUACCGGACCCAAAAGAUGAACUGACAUGGAUUUUGUUUCCGGGACUGCGCUCUAUAUGUGAUCCGGAUGGAGCACUUACAGGAGACGGACAGUUAUUCCAAGCCAAGCUGGAUUGGUUUUCAACAUUGUUCUCUGGGACACGCACACAGAGCUGGGAUGACCCCGAUGACCCCAGCCUGAUGUUAUGAGACCCUUCCUCUUACAGGAUCACCCGUCUGGUGAGCUUCAGAUGCUAAAACAUUGUUUUCACAAACGGGAAAAAAAGAACAAGAGAGAUCUAUUCAAUCAAAGCUCAGUCCAGCAGGUUUCGGGUACAGAUGCGCCACAUGCAUCUUGUGGCCAGUGUGGUUUCUGUUGUAUUAUUUUGUAAAUUGUUGAUCGCAUCUCCUUUUGUCCAUUUCUGUGGCCCGGAUCGCAUCCUUCCAUCCUAUUUUUCCAUAUUCAUGCACCAAAACAUCGAGUUCUCCACUACUCCAUUGAGUCGAGGUUCACGGUGUUGUUUAUAGUACUACUAUAUAUACUACACAACUGGUUUUGAGCGCUUCAGAUGAAUGAAUGAGCUUGUAUUCUGUAUGAGAGAGAAACUAUGGUGUUGUAUCUCGGUUUUUAAUGAACAAGCGGAAGUCUUCUUUUUGUGUGCCCAACAUUACAACCUCUCAUGUCAAGGAGUGUAGCCUGCCCUUGUUUAAGAAUGAGAAGUAUGGGAAUUCUGUCCGUGUAAUGUAUUUUUAAAUGUGUUGUUUUGACAAUCCCCACCUUUAGGCCUUUGAUGCAUGCCUUCCUGUUAAGACGAAAUUGUGUUUGUCUCAUUCAGUCACCCUGUAAAGCAAUUUCUGUGGUUUCAUGUUUUUCCUUUUUGUAGAAGAAAUGUUUCUGCUCUGUGUGUUUCACACAAAAAAAGAUAUUCUCAGGGAGAUGGCUGGUCUCUGUCUCACCAGUAUCCUCUGCCGACUACAUACACACAGACAUAUUACGCACACAUAAACACUUUGCACCGAAUAGGAGA